AUGAAAAUCAAGAUAGUUCAUAAUAACGAGAUUCAUCUCUUCAAAUAACAAAACCCAAAUCUCUAAGGAAUCAGAGAACACAUUAAAAAAAUAUAUCCCAACAUCAAUACUAACUUUACACUUGCUUAUAAUGACUCAGAAAAUGACUAGAUAAGUUUAAGUUGUUAAGACGAUUUAUAAGUUCUUGUUGAUGAAGGAAUAUAAACAAUCAAGGUCUUUGUGUUAACUUCUAACAAACCUUAAUAAAUUCCUUAAGGUAAGAUGGUUCAUAAAAGACAUACUUGUGAUGGAUGCUAGACUUAUCCAAUCGUUGGAUCAAGAUUCAAAUGUCUUGAAUGUUCCAAUUAUGACUUAUGUGAAGAAUGUUAAGCCAAAGACAUGCACAAUCAUCAUAAAUUCUAUAAGAUAAGUACUCAAGAAGAAUUAGAAUAAUUUAGAAAAGAACAUUGGGGUAAAUUUGGACAUUGGAGACACAGAGGAUGUGGAUUUAAUAGAAAUGGACCUCAUGGACAUGGACAUCAUGGACAUGAAGCAUUUAAAUAAUUUAGAGAAUUUUUCUAGGAUCCUGCUUUUAAAGAAAUUAAACAAACAGUUUGUACUAUUGCAAAAGAUUUUUUUGGUGUAAUAAAGACAGAGAUUGAGAAACACAAGAACUCUAAAUAAUAAGAACAACCUUAAGAAGAAUGUAAUACAAAUAUUAACGAAGAAACAUUAGAAGAAACAAAAUAAGAAAUAUAAUAAGAAAUAUAAUAAGAAAUAUAAUAAGAAAUAUAAUAAGAAAAUACUAAAGAAUCAAAUGAUAAUAAGAUUCAAAAAGAAAUUGAAGAGAAAAUUAAAGAGUUGAUUUAAGUUUUGUAAUGUGAUGAGAAAAUAGCUAGAGAAUAUAUUGAAUGCUUUAAAGAAUUACCACUAAAUGAAAUUGUUGAUAUUAUAUUAGAAAAAUAAUGAUU